GACCUUUGGGCGCCCCUGAGGCCAACGGGACACCUGCCUGCUACUUCCCGAGGCCCGGCUCGUCUCCAGUGCAGUAGGGAACCCGGCGUGGGGAAGAGAGGGGCCGUCUUUUAUUACCGCACGGGGCGACUUGACGAGGUAGGAAGCCGGCAAGGGGAGUCUCGGCCGCGGGGGCGCAGGCAGCCCGACGACCCGCUCAAGGGCGCCGCGAAGGCGAAGCGGACAGCGGCCUACCUACGCGCCUCCCUUCGGAAACGGGACGGAAAGCACCGCGGAGGCCCUUUUGCCCGCCGCGCCGCGACCUUCCUCCCGUUACCUCCUCCUCUUCGGCCCGGCGUGGGGGGCGGGCGGAAACCCGGUCCGGCCUUAACGACACAGGACGCCUCCUCCGCCGCUGCCUCCUCAGAAGCGGCCUCCUCAGCACUCAAGAUGGCGGAGGGCCGUCGGCAAUUUCCGCGACGCGCUCGGCAACAUUCGGCGAGGACGCCGCCGACGUUCCGCGGCCCGCACGCAAGUUCCGCCGUCAAUUGAAAACAAACGAGGCGAACCAACCGUCGAUUUCCCUCCUUGAUUGACGUGAGCGAUGACCCGCCUCCUCCUAGCGUAGCUUCCGGCUUUUAAAACCUGCGGAGGGGCGGGGCCGGACCGUUAGAAACAAACGGGGAGAAGCACCGCCCCUUUCUUGAUUGACGUGAGCGAUGAUCCGCCUCUUCCUAGCGUAGCUUCCGGCUUUUAAAACCUGCGGAGGGGCGGGGCCGUUCCGUUAGAAACAAACGGGGAGAAGCACCGCCCCUUCCUUGAUUGACGCGAGAGCUGAUCCCGCCUCCUCCUGUCAUAAAUCUGCAGCUUUCAAAACCGGCGGGGCUGGGGCGUGUCCGUUGUUCCGCCCUUGAGCGGCGGAAGGACACGUCGGCGGGAAUGAGCCCCCGUGGCGGAGGGAUUUGCGUGCGUGCGUAUAUAUAAGAGCAGCGCAGGCCGAGCGCCGCCCUCUUUCCCCGACGGCCGUCGUGGUGGCUGUUGUGCGCGCGCAGCCGGUCUCUUCCCCGCCUCCCGCUCCUGAAACUUCGGCGCCAUCAUGGGCUUUGGGGAUCUGAAAUCCGCCUCGGGGCUCCAGCUUCUCAACGCCUUCCUAGCCAGCAGGAGCUACAUCGAGGGGUGAGCCGCCCUCCGCGCACCCCGAAAUAUUCACGGUUUCCGUAUCCCUGUUAAACGCCAGCAGUAGGUCCCGCUUUUCCCAUUCAUUGGCCUUCGCUUCUUCCCGCGUAGGCCCCACGUUGCUGCACGAAGAGGGCGAUUUGAAUGAGGACUAGGAACUUGGCAAGUCUCUUUUGGAAACCUUGCUGUGCUUUGCGCGCGCGCGCGUGAGAAAGGAGCUAUAGAUGGUCGUAGGUGUAUCUCUUUUAACACCCUACGAUUGAAGCCACGUUAUUCUGAGGCAUUUUAAAGUAUAUUAAUAAUAACAAUUUUUAUUUAUUCCCCGGCCAGAGCCGGGCUCAGGGCGGCUAACACCAAUAAAAUCACAGUAAAAGCAUAAUGGGGGAAAGAGAAAUACCAAUUUGAAAUACCAAUACCAAUUUGAAAUACAGGCUAAAAUUCAAUUUAAAAUGCAGCCUCAUUUUAAAGUAGCCGAUAAAUCUUAGCCUCUAGUCUUCCUACUUUCUGAGGGGCAUCAUAAGGCAAAUCAUGGUUACGAAUACCAGUCCUAGGAGUGGUAUUUGCUUUUCAGGUCAAGCUUGUCUCCCGCAGAGGCCCACAUUAGUUAAAAAGAGAAGAGGGGCUUGCAGGCACAAAGGAAAGGAGAGUUCUUCAAGGCCCCAAAGCCUUCUAACAAUGAAUUUAUAUAUGAAUAGCUGCUGGUUCCUGUUCCUUUGGGUGGUGCAGGGUGCAAGCUGGUCUUUACCCCCUUCCUCAAAGAUAGGAAGCGAGGCCUUGCACUAUCUCUUGAUCCCCCUGCCUUCUACUUCCCUUCUGCUCUCUAGUCCCAUAAAUUAUUCUUUUGCAGAUUUUGGGCUCUGGGAGAGAGCCGCUUGCCUAACAAAUUGAUGGUUUAUGGGGCAUUUGAACCAGCAGCCGUCUGAUUUGCAAUGCUCUUUCCAAGCUGUUGCCACGUGUCCUUUACUAACGCAUUUGGCCAUUGUUGGGUGGUUUUGGGAUAAAUGUAUUCUGGUUCUGAUGCGGGGGGAUGGAUAAAAAUACAAGGAUGGGUUAGAAAAGUGAAUGGGAGAAAAAUACAAAGAUGGGUUGGAAGAGUACAUGUGAGAAUAUGUAAGCUUAAAGUAACUUGUUCCAAGACCACAUGGCAGUCUUUGUGUGUGGAUCAUGGGAUUUGCAACCUGCCAUAAUGCCCAAAAGUGAGACUUUACAUCAUUUAAAAAACAUCAGUGCUAGAUGUGUUGGGCCUACUGGGAAAUGAGGGGCUUUUGGAGAUUCUGUAUGGGCUUUUGUUGUGGUUCUUGGGUGGUAGAGUAUUAAGACUAAUCCAGAAGUAAUGGAUAUGGUUAAUUAACCAUAGUUAACCAUUUUGUUCAAACUGGGAAAGUGGCGGUUAUCAGUUCUGGAACAAUGCAUGAUAUGAAAGUUUGAAGUUGGUCUCUUAUAUUGCUGGAAGCUGGCUUGUUCUGAAGCUGAUCUGGUAACCAUAAUUUAUUGUUUCAGGUGAACAGGAAAUUAUAGUUAAUAAGAACCUUCCUGGUUUAUUUGUAGCUUGCACAGAGGGGCUACAAACUCUUGUUCAUACCUGCUUAUUUGGGAGACAUCUGAGUGGCUUGCUGAGAUGGAUUUCACUUUAUAUCUGUGGUGCUUUUCGUUUUGCUGAAUGAAACAAAUUUUAACCUGAACAUGUUUUCUGUAGGUAUGUCCCAUCCCAAGCAGAUAUUGCAGUUUUUGAAGCAGUUGGUGCACCCCCUCCUCCUGAGCUGUUCCAUGCCCUCCGCUGGUACAACCACAUUAAGUCUUUCGACAAACAAAAGGCAAGGUAGGGCUCAAUUUGCUGUCAUUUACAGGUUUGUAUUCAAUGUAGCAUUAAGCAACAGCGAUUUCUCUCUUAUUGCCCCCCUUUUUCUGGGAGUUCCCCCAACUCUCCAAAGCAGAUUUGGAGAUGGCAUAAGAGGGGUGGGGAAUCCCAUUGUGCUAGUGCAACUAUGUAAUGACACCCAAAAACUUUAGAACUCUUUUGUCCCGGACAGCCAUAUACAGCACCAGCAGUAAUCAGUGAUGUGGAUGCAACAUUUUUCUAUUUCUGAAACUACAUCAGGUGGAAUUGAGCUAUUACAAAUGUUUCAUCUGCACAAGCAUUCUAGCUUUUCAGACAGAACUAUUCCCCUUUUUCAGGGGGAGAGGGGAAAGUUUCAUUGUACAAAGGGCUACCCAUCUUGCUGUUGGAUAAUAAUAAUAUAAUUUUAUAUUUAUAUCCCGCCCUCCCCAGCCAAAGCUAGGCUCAGAGCGGCUAACAUACAAGUAAGACAAUGCAAAAUAACGAGCGAUCAAUAAAUUAAGAUACAUCCCACAGUUAAUUCAAACAAGUUAAAAUUAAAACUGGGCAAGUUGCAAUCUUCAGGUUAAAAUUGAGGGCAGUUACCAACUGUUUCCACUGACAUUAUAAGCACCUGUGAGUGGGCUGGGAACCUCCUUCAUGCUUGUUCUUAUACAAGGAGAAAAUGAGUCAGACUGAACCCUGACCCAAAGGCCUGGCAUAACAGCUCUGUCUUACAGGCCCUGCGGAAAGAUGUCAAAUCCCGCAAGGCCAUAGUCUCUUGUGAGAGCGCGUUCCACCAGGCCGGGGCCACAGCCGAAAAGGCCCUGGCUCUGGUUGAGGCCAGUCUGAUCUCGGGGGCCCAGAAUCCUUAGGAUGUUGUUAUUUGCAGACUGUAAGGUCCUCUGGGGCAAGGUUAAAACCAGCACCUUAAACCUGAUCCUGUACUCCACCAGAAGCCAGUGCAGCUGGUAUAGCACUGGGUGAAUGUGAUCCCACAGCAGAGACCCUGUAAGGAUUCUCGCCACGGUAUUCUGCACCCCCUGGAGUUUCUGGGUCAGUUUCAAGGGCAGCCCCACAUAGAGUUACAGUAAUAAAGCCUGGAGGUGACCGUUACAUGGUUCACAGUGACGAGGUUGGGGCGAGAGAGGUAACGGACCAAUUAGUACAUCAAAAAUGUUACAAAUUUUUACAAAAAUGGUACAAAGCGUGUCAUAAUGGCCAGUUACGUGAUUAAGUUUCUGUUGCCUUAAUGGAGCUUAUACUUGCUGUAGUGUAUAUAUGUGGCACUAUGGUCUAAACCAGGGUUAGUCAACCUUUUUAUACCUACCGCCCACUAAUGCAUCUUUUUUUAUGGUAAAAAAUCCUUACCGCCCACCAGUGCUUGAUGGAAGGAUUAGCUUGUGCCAUAGAACCCCUACCGCCCACCUAGAAAAGCCCACUAGUGGGCAGUAGGGACCAGGUUGACAACCCCUGGUCUAAACCAUUGAGCCUCUUGGUCUUGCCAAUCUGAAGGUCGGUGGUUCGACUCCAAGGGACAGGGUGAGCUCCCGUUGCUCUGUCCCAGCUUCUGCCAACCUAGCAAUUCUAAAGCACACCAGUGCAAGUAGAUAAAUAGGUACCACUGUGGCGGGAAGGUAAAUGGUGUUUCCGUGCACUUGUCAUGGUGUCCCAUUGCACCAGAAGCGGUUUAGUCAUGCUGUCCAUAUGACCCAGAAAAGCUGUCUGCGGACAAACCCUGCCCCCUUAGCCUGAAAACGAGAUGAAUGCCGCAACCCCAUAUUCACCUUUGACUGCACUUAACCGUCCAGGAGUCCUUUACCUUUACUUUUAUAUAGCACACAUACACUGUGUGAAGUGCAUAAAUUAAAACCAGACUAAUUCAGCAUGAUUCAAAUCUGCUAAACCUCAGGGAAUCAGGAUGUUUUUGGAAUGGCUUAGUGAAAACAUUCAGAUGGCUCACCCCAUGAUCCCUGGCUGAGCAUUAUGUUUGAACCAGGAAUCAUGGUUUGUUUUGCUCCAGACUAGAUUUGCCUGAGUGAAACAACAAUCCCUGGUUUGGACAUAAUGCUAAGCUAGGGAUAAUGGUUGGUUACUUACACUAGGGGCAGCUAUGUAUGCAUUACUGUAGCAUGCAAACUGAAGCAGAAUCUUGUAGCACCCUAAUUUAUUUGUGAUAAUUAUUGUGAAAAUAAUAAAAAACAAAGCUGAGCCACAAUAAUGCCAACUCCAAAUCUCAUAUGUAAGGGGAAAUGUGAAAACCAUUUUACCCAUUUAAAAAAAUUUUUUUUAAGAAUGUUAUUGCGCACGAACAAUGCUUCUCCUGGAAACAGGUCUUCGCAUACAGUGACUUUUCUCUGUUCCCGCCAUGUGUUCUUCAGUCCCUUUUUUAAAAAGCUUUCUAACAAUGAAAAGUCAGAGCUGCCAGACAGCUUUUGUUGUUGUUUAGUCUAUUGUGUCCGACUCUUCGUGACCCCAUGGAGCAGAGCACGCCAGGCAUUCCUGUCUUCCACUGCCUCCCGCAAUUUGGUCAGACUCAUGCUGGUAGCUUCGAGAAGACUGUCCAACCAUCUCAUCCUCUGUCGUCCCCUUCUCCUUGUGCCCUCCAUCUUUCCCAACAUCAGGGUCUUUUCCAGGGAGUCUUCUCUUCUCAUGAGGCGGCCAAAUAUUGGAGCCUCAGCUUCACGAUCUGUCCUUCCAGUGAGCACUCAGGGCUGAUUUCCUUAAGAAUGGAUAGGGUUGAUCUUUUUGCAGUCCAUGGGACUCUCAAGUGUCUCCUCCAGCACCACAAUUCAAAAACAUCCAUUCUUCGGCUAUCAGCCUUCUUUAUGGUCCAGCUCUCACUUCCAUACAUCACUACUGGGCAAACCAUUGCUUUAACUAUACGGACCUUUGUUGGCAAGGUGAUGUCUUUGCUUUUUAAGAUGCUGUCUAGGUUUGUCAUCGUUUUCUCCCAAGAAGCAGGCGUCUUUUGAUUUCGUGACUGCUGUCCUCAUCUGCCGUGAUCAUGGAGCCCAAGAAGGUAAAAUCUGUCACUGCCUUCAUUUCUUCCCCUUCUGUUUGCCAGGAGGUGAUGGGACCAGUGGGCAUGAACCCCCCCCCCCAAUAGUUUGCUGUGGUCGACACAGUCAAAUGCUUUUGCGUAGUCAAUGAAGCAGAAGUAGAUUUUUUCUGGAAUUCUCUAGCUUUCUCUAUAAUCCAGCGCAUGUUUGCAAUUUGGUCUCUGGUUCCUCUGCCCCUUCGAAAUCCAGCUUGCACUUCUGGGAGUUCUCGGUCCACAUACUGGUUAAGCCUGCCUUGUAGAAUUUUGAGCAUCACCUUGCUAGCGUGUGAAAUGAGUGCAAUUGUGAGGUAGUUGAAGCAUUCUUUGGCACUGCCCUUUUUUGGGAUUUGGGUUUUGACUGAUUUCCAGUCCUCUGGCCAUUGCUGAGUUUUCCAAACUUGCUGGCAUAUUGAAUGUAGCACCUUAACAGCGUCAUCUUUUAAGAUUUUAAAUAGUUCAGCUGGAAUGUCAUCACUUCCACUGGCCUUGUUAUUUGCAGUCCUUUCUAAGGCACAUUUGACUUCACUCUGCAGGAUUUCAGGCUCAAGGUCAACAGCCAUACAAUCUGGGGUGUCUGGGACAUCCGUAUCUUUUUGGUAUAAUCCCUCUGUGUAUUCUUACCACCUCUUCUUGAUGUCUUCUGCUUCUGUUGGUCCUUACCACUUUUGUCCUUUAUCAUAUCCAUCUUUGCGUGAAACAUUCCUUUCAUGUUUUCAAUUUUCUUGAACAGAUCUCUGGUUGGAGAAGUAACCAGCAACCCCCUCCAGUAUCUCUGCCAAGAAAAUUCCAUGGACAAUAAUAUCAGGCAUAUAAAAGUCAUGACGUUGGAAGAUGAGCCCCUCAGGUCGGAAGGCGUUCAACAUGCUACUAAGGAAGAGCGGAGGACAAGGACAAGUAGAUCCAGAGCUGAUAAAGCGAGUGGAACAAAGCCAAAAGGACACUCAGUUGUGGAUGUGCCUGGAAAUGAAAAGAAAGCCGAACGCCUUAAAGGAAAAUAUUGCAUAGGCACCUGGAAUGUAAGAUCCAUGGACCAUAGUAAGCUGGAUGUGGUCAAACAGGAGAUGGCAAGAAUAAAUAUUGACAUCUUGGGCAUCAGUGAACUAAAAUGGACCGGAGUGGGCGAAUUCAGUUUGGAUGACUAUCAUAUCUACUACUGUGGUCAAGAAUCCCAUAGAAUAAAUGGAGUGGCCCUCAUAGUCAACAAAAGAGUGGCGAGAUUGAUACUCGGAUACAAUCUCAAAAAUGAUAGAAUGAUCUCGAUACGAUUCCAAGGCAGACCUUUGCACACCACAGUAAUACAAGUUUAUGCACCAGCUACCGAUGCUGAAGAAACCGAAAUUGACCAAUUCUAUGAAGACUUACAAUGCCUUCUAAAACUGACACCAAAGAAGGAUGUUCUUCUCAUUAUGGGGGAUUGGAAUGCUAAAGUAGGGAAUCAAGAGAUAAAAGGAACAACUGGCAAGUUUGGCCUUGGAGUCCAAGACGAUGCAGGGCAAAGGCUAAUAAAGUUCUGUCAAGAGAACAAGCUGGUCAUCACAAACACUCUUUUCGAACAACACAGGAGACGACUCUACACAUGGAAAUCACCAGAUGGGCAGCAUCGAGAUCAGAUUGAUUAUAUUCUCUGUAGCCAAAGAUGGAGAAGCUCUAUAGAGUCAGCAAAAACAAGACCUGGAGCUGACUGUGGUUCAGAUCAUCAGCUUCUUAUAGCACAAUUCAAGCUUAAACUGAAAGCAGGGAAAACCACUGGGCCAGUAAGAGACAAUCUAAAUCAAAUCCCUUAUGAAUACACAGUGGAAGCGAGAAACAGAUUUAAAGAUUCAGAUUUGGUGGACAGAGUGCCUGAAGAACAAUGGAUGGAGGCUCGUAACAUUAUACAGGAGGCAGCAACGAAAACAAUCCCAAUGACAAGGAAAUGCAAGAAAGCAACGUGGCUGUCCAAUGAGGCCUUACAAAUAGCGGGGGAGAGAAGGCAAGCAAAAUGCGAGGGAGAUCGUGAAAGAUACAGGAAAUUGAACGCAGAUUUCCAGAGAAAAGCAAGGAGAGACAAGAGGGCCUUCUUAAACAAGCAGUGCGAAAAAGACAACUUAAGGCAUGAAUUAUAUACUUGUAUCAGUGCAGACUAUUCCUUGUACAGUAAAGAUCUAAUCGAGAAUAACAUGAAAUUGCUGUAACUCCUGCUCCUCAGAAAUAAGUUGGUGCAUAUAGAAUAAACCUGUGAAAUUGAGUGUUGUGUACCCUAUUCAAAUUUUUCAGGCAGCAGGUGGAGCUCUUCCAAUGCUUUUCAAAAGGUUUUAUUCCCUUUUCCCCUCCCCCCGAAUUAAAAACACUUCUGGCUAGCGUUGCAUGGGAAUAUGGCUGUUUUAAGAGAACUCCAGGCUUGUGACAAAACACUUAACCAUACUCAGUGGCUGGGCUUAAUGAACUGACAGGCAGCGGUGAGAUGGAGGGCACCUCAGGUUGGCAAUUUAUGCAGAGUCGGGCUUAGAACUGCGGCUUUUGCGUGGUGAUCCCUCGGCCGCAAGCGCACAAGCAGUUUGCCAGAGCAGCUAUGAGUCCAGGUUCAGGCCAAAGAUUUAUGAUGGUUGGGAGAGAGUACUGGGGGGGGGGGGGAAUAGCAGAAGGAAAUAUUAUAUCCCGGUUAGACAACUUGCUUAGGUCUGGUCCUUUUCAUGCGGCAGACUGAUGUGGAGGAAUGGACUGUACCACUUUAGGCUCCGGGGGGCGGUAUCUUCGUUAUUCCUCUGCUAAGAACUCCCUGGAAUUCGACGUGGAACGUAGCAGGGGCAGGGCUGAAUUGGAAUCUUUCUGCUCUAAGAAAGAUUUAUUUGCAGUGAGUCUUUUCAAAAAUGGGAGAGCACAUACGCUUCAUUAUAAUAUAAUAAUAAAUGAGCACAUUUGGGUAAAAAGAUUUCAGUUCAUUCUAUCACCUUAUUCGAACCUCAUUCUGUGGCAGGCAUAAACCCAAUCUCCCAUGCUUGCAUGUUUGAUUUAGUGACUAGCCCGUUGGGUAAAGGUAAAGGGGCCCCUGACCAUUAGCUCCAGUCGUGACCGACUCGGGGGUUGUGGUGCUCAUCUCGCUUUAUUGGCCAAGGGAGCCAGCGUUUGUCCGCAGACAGCUUCCGGGUCAUGUGGCCAGCAUGACAAAGCUGCUUCUGGCAAACCAGAGCAGCGCAUGGAAACGCCAUUUACCUUCCUGCUGGAGUGGUACCUAUUUAUCCACUUGCACUUUGACGUGCUUUGGAACUGCUAGGUGGACAGGAGCAGGAACCGAGCAACGGGAGCUCACCCCGUAAUGGGGAUUCAAACCGCUGACCUUCUGAUCGGCAAGUCCUAGGCUCUGUGGUUUAACCCGCAGCGCCACACACAUCCCUGCCCGUUGGGUAGCAGGUGCUUUUUCAGCUGGCAUCUGGUAUCUUGCCUCUGAAAUGUCUCCAUGGUUAAGUGGUGGCUGGUUUGUUAAUUAGUUGCCCAAACUGGGACACACUUUUGCAAUUUAAUUCUGGGUCGUAUGUAGUUAGUAGAAGGGCACCAUAUAAGUUCUGUCUGGGUUUUUUUUUCCUAGUCUGCCUGGAGUGAAGAAGGCGUUGGGAAAAUAUGGCCCUUCAGAUGUUGAGGACUCAACAGGCACUGGCGGAGACAGCAAAGAUGACGAUGACAUUGAUCUCUUUGGCUCUGAUGAAGAGGAGGUAUGCAGAAUGUUUUUUCUUUCAGUUUCCAGUUGCAGAGAGGUGUCAUGAGCCCACAUGCAUUUAAACAAAAAAGAACCUGGCAACAUGAUGAACAAAACCAAAUCACCAUCUUUCGGCUGAAAACAUGAUGAUUUGUUUUACCUGACAUGUCCAGUUAUACUUGAUCACUGUUUGGGAACAGUUGCUUUCUUUUGUCCAACACGGUCUCUUUCUUUUCAUAGGAAAGUGAAGAAGCAAAAAGAUUAAGGGAGGAGCGGCUUGCUCAGUAUGAAUCAAAGAAAUCCAAAAGUACGUUAUCCAGCUCCUUCGCCUUUGAAUUUAUGCACUUUGAAUUGCUUUUUUGAUUAAGGUUAUUGUGAAUUAAAAUCAGCAUAAAUAAGUGACAGCAGAACUUUCUUCCAGCUAUUUCCAAAGUGUCCUAAUAAGUUUUGAGUUAAAAUUCCUAGUUUUGACCAAUGUUUUUUCCAGGCUGUGGAAUAGAAGCCAUAGGAAACAAUUGUUUACAAUCAAAUCCUGUGCUGUGUUGCUGAAGGGGAAAUUCUGACUCCUAAUUCUAACCAAUGCAGGAUCCCACAGCUACUGGCCUGAAACUGCUCUGUACUGUAGCAGUUGCAGUAUUCCAACUGUGGGAGAUUAGCAGUUACACUAUGCAAUGCUCCUUUCUCCACCAGGGAAGAGAAUUUCAGUGUAACAGACAGGACCGUGUCUUCCACACUUCGUAUUCUUGUAAUAGCCUAGUUGGAUAGAGAAAUCAAUGUUCCGUUUAGCAGUACUUAACGUUUCUGUAAUGUAUUACGCCUCUGUGUAAUCUUUUUUUUAAUGCUUUUCUUAACCAGUAUAGGUUAAACUUGCAACUAGGUGCAUUUGUAGAGAAUUCCUGGUUUUAAUCGGAACACUCUGCUUUGCUGCUUUUCCUAAGCUAUCCUUUGCUUUCUCUAGAGCCAGCGCUCGUUGCCAAGUCAUCCCUCUUGUUGGACGUGAAACCUUGGGAUGAUGAGACGGACAUGGGCAAAUUAGAAGAGUGUGUCAGAAGUAUUCAGGCGGAUGGCCUUGUUUGGGGAUCUUGUAAGUAACUGGCCGACAGUAGGAGGCUCAUAGCUCUCUGGCAGAGCACACAGUUUAUAUGCAUAACAUCUCGCUCGAUUCAGAUGGCUCUUAAAUUGUAGUCCGAAGAACUUGAUGGUGCCACUUACUUCAAUUCCCAGGGCAGUGGAACCUUGCAAGUAAGAAGAUCUGGAGAGCUUCCAGUGGGUGGGCUUCAGACUGCUACAGCUGCAUACGGCCUCCCAGUAGUUCUCUGAGUUUGAGAGAGUAAAAUUUUGGCGUUCCAUCACAGCUGUUGAAUAGAUCGUGGGGUCCAGAAUGGCUGACGUAAUGAGCUCCACAAUCACAUUCCAUUUGUGCAUUUGACAGGCGGGGGGUUGCAUCUAAAUAUUUGCCCCCUUGGAGGAAGGUUGGGGGAAAGGAAGGGUAAGAAACCAUCUCCACUAGCGGAGGGGUAGCACUGCCAGGGUGGUGCUUGUAUGUAGCAGGUACCGAGUACGUGUGUGCAAAGCAAUGCUUCUAAUGCGCAGCCCUUUGAAACAGCAAGGAUUUUGCCCUUUGCAGAAAAGUCUAGAAAAACCUGGUGAACUGGAUGAACUCUGAACUCCCACAAACACCCUGUCCUCAUUUUCUUUGUGAUGUAUUCAACAGUUAAAGAAGUGAUUUGAUGAAGGUAUCUGUGGCUGGGGAAACCCAGCCAGAUGAGCGGAGUAUAAAUAGAAUUAUAUUCCCUCAAAGAUAAUAAUGUCUCACUUCCCCACUGUCGGUCUAGGAGAACGGGCUCCUUUAAUCUGUUCCCUUUAUGGUCAGGGGUAUGUAGCUUCCACUUUGAGGGCCUAAUCCUGCCCCCCAAAAAGAUCCUACCAAUUUUGGCAGCAACUAGAGCAGGCAGAUGCCAGCACCCUGAUGGGGAUGCAAAUUGCCCCUCCCCCCAGUCAGAUUGAGGAUUUGAUGAGCAAGGAGGAGGCAGUGAUUCUCCUCAGCUGAUCUGCAUGGGUAAGCUGGGGGGGGGCAAGCAGGUGAAUGAGAGUGUGGGGUGGCAGCACCCACUUCUGGGCACAUCCAUUGCUGGGUGGGGCCUCCACAGGGUUGAUCCAAGGGUGGACGUGGUCCUUGAGCCAAAAGUUAGAUGCCCCUUUUCCUUUUUAAAAAGUCUUUUUCCCCCUUUUGCAUUCCACCGAGGGGGAAUGUAAAUGUUCACAGCUUGCUUGUGUAUUAGCUGUUGCAGAGAGGUCAGGUUUAGGCCACUGGCUAUGCUUUCUCCCCAUCGGAAGCCCCGACAGCAGCCAAGAUUAUGAUGGGGCGAAAUUCUUGUCAGUCCAUAACCCUGAGUUUGCAUAGAUAGAAAAGAGGCAGAACCUCGCUUCUCACAGCUCUUUUGAUUGCUUUCUAGCCAAGCUGGUUCCAGUUGGUUAUGGAAUCAAGAAACUUCAGAUUCAGUGUGUGGUUGAAGACGAUAAAGUUGGAACCGAUAUGCUGGAGGAGAGGAUCACUGCGUUUGAGGAUUAUGUUCAGUCCAUGGAUGUGGCUGCUUUCAACAAAAUCUAAGCCCCAAUAGCACCAGGAAUAAAACAUUUGCAACACUCGAG